UUUAUUCUUUUUCCCUCCACAGAGACAAUACCACUGAGACAAGCCUUUGGUCUGUUGUGCUGUUGCUGGCUUGUGCGAAACCGGUGGCUCCACAUCACAAGGGAAUAAAAGUGUGGGUUUAAAGUACAAUCCUGCAUCCGUUGCUAUCUAGAAAAUGUCUUAUGGAUCCAUUGACGGGAGUGGAUUUGGGAGCAGGAACCCAUUUGGAGGCCCUUCGAGACAAGGCUAUCAACCUCUCGCCACCCAGAUUGAUCCCAGCGAACUGCAGGAACUAUUUCAGGAGACUUCAGCCAACGUCUUCCGAAUUAACUCCAAUGUGACCUCUCUGGAAAGAAGCCUUCGAUCCCUGGGGUCCUCAAAUGAUACUCAAGAGCUGCAGGAUGGACUGCACGCAACCCAGCAAGAGACUAAUAAAACCAUCACGACUAGCACCAAAGCCAUCAAGCAGCUGUCUGAGGUUGUCAGAGGCUCAUCCAGGCAGGAACGACUUCAGCUGGACAGGCUGAAGAACCAGCUGUCUGAUGCCAUCCAGAGAUACGGAGCUGUGCAGAAGAAAAUAGCAGAGAAAUCCAAAGCUUUGCUUCCUACUGGGCAGAGAAGUAGCAAACAGAGCCCUAGGACUCCCUUCUCUGACCUUGCUGAUGAUGAGAAGAUCUUCAACGGAGGAGAUGGCAUGUGGCAAAACCAGAGUCAGGAUCAAGCCUUGCUCUCAGAAAUCACAGAAGAGGAUCUGGAGGCCAUCCGUCAGCGGGAGGAGGCCAUCCAGCAGAUUGAGAGUGACAUGUUGGAUGUGAACCAGAUCAUUAAAGACCUGGCCUCCAUGGUGCAUGAGCAAGGAGACACAAUAGAUAGUAUUGAAGCCAACAUUGAGGCGGCAUCUUCUAAUGUAGAAUCAGCCAAUGAGCAGUUGGCAAAAGCCAGUCAGCACCAACUACGAGCCAGGAAGAUGAAGUGCUGCCUUCUCGCUGCUGCUUUGGCUGUUCUGCUGUUUGUUGUCAUAAUCAUAGCGGUCUCAGUCAAACGCUGAUCUGGUGACUGUUUCCACAGAGCCUGUGAGCACCCCGUGAAGUGGAAUGGAUUCUCAAGGCAUUUCACAUUCAGGCCCUAUAUCAAUGUCUGCUUUACUGAUCACAGUGUAUUAAAACUGCUAUAACCAACAAAUCCUGUAACUGUAUGAAAGAAAAGCUAAGUUUUAUACCAUGAAUUAAUAUAAUUGCAGAAUUGCAGAUAACUUUUUUUUUUUUUUCCCUUCAUUGAAGAUUUAUUUUACCUAGUGUAUGAAUUUUAAUUGUGUCCCCUGUGUAUCUGGGGAAUGCCAUUCCUUUGCCUCCAGAUCUGCUAUCCUGUGUGUUGUGAAUACGUAGCUGUGAAUUCAUCUGUAUUAUUUGUGUUUUUAACAGUUCUGCUCAUUUAAAACCAUGAAAGUCAAUGUGUUUUGUUUGAUUCUUUUGUGUGUGUGUGGUUGUUUUUGUACAUCUUAAAUAUAAUCCAGCUCAGAUUCUCAUUCUGUACACUGCUGCUUUAUAAUUUGCUCUGCAGAUCUGAGCUAAAUAUUUUCACAAUUACAUGUGUCAUUUACAAACCAAUCAAUGAGAUACUUAGUUGAUACCAUUGUAUGCACAGAACAACACAUUUGUUAUGAGAAACACUAGUGCAAGAGCACGACAAAUAAACAUUAAAACAUGUUGUUAUCCUUUUUUUUUUUUUUUUUUAAGAACAAAAAAGGAAAAGAUACACAAUCUGUUACAAAAAUCAAGCAAGGCAUCACAUGAAAAAUGUCAGAUUUUGUAUUUGAUUUAAUUUCGUAGGUUUCAAUGGAUCCAGCAUUUGGGAUUUUGUUCUAUUUCCACGCACAAUAAUUUCUGCUGAAACAGGAUUGAAUAUGCAAUUGAAAUUCAUCUUUAAAUGUGUCAUGUACUGUAAAUGCAGUUUUCCUCCAGCAAAUAAAGCAUUUCAGAAACGGUUUUAAUUAAAAUGUCAUAGGAAGUAUUGAAGAGAAUUUCACAAAAUGAUAUGUUUUUUAUUCUUCAUGAAAAGUUACAUCUUUUAGCAACACAGUGUCUCACCAGAAAAUAAAAAAUAAAUAAAUAAAAUCAGGUACCUC